GGAUAGGUCUAUAUGGCAUUGGCUUCUGUUCACUAAGAUCGAAAAAAUGAAAAUGGAACAAGUGAUGGGCAGUGCCGUCCCUGAUGUGAUCCCCGCAAAGGUGACCAACCUCCCUGAUAACCUGAGUCCUCAAUGCAUCGGCAGAGAGUUCGUCAGAUGUUAUUACACUCUUUUGCAUGAUAACCCAAACAAGCUUCACCGCUUCUACCUUGAUCAGUCAACUUUUGUUCAUGGUAACCAAACAGACGAAACUGCUGAGUGUGUUUCAGGACAGCGGGCUAUCCACGAAAAGAUCAUGAGUCUCAACUUCAUUGACUGCCGUACAAAGAUCAAACAUGUCGACAGUCAGCCCACAAUUGACAAUGGAGUUGUUGUUCAGGUUUCUGGUGAGCUCUCCAAUGCUGGCAAACUUCCCCGAAGGUUCAUGCAAACUUUCGUCCUAGGCUCCCAGACCCCAAGGAAGUAUUACGUCCACAACGAUAUCUUUAGGUAUCAGGACGAGGUAUUUGGAUACGACCAAGAGGAUGUAGUAGAUGAUGAAGAGAACAGCUUGAGCAGCCAAGAGGAUAUCAACGAACAUUUGGAGGAAGAGAUGGCCCAACCAAAAUUUGAAGAAUCUACCUUGGAUCUCCAUGAAGAAAAAACCAAUGGAAAUCUUAUUGAAGAUGAAGUGUUGAAUAACAACCAUGAGCUGCCCAUUGAAGAGGUUUUAAAUCAUAUCAUGAAGAGCCUGUUGAUGUUCAUCCAGAACCUGAAGUUGCUCUAGAAGAAGUUGAGCCUGUGCUUGAGGAACCGUUAGAGCCAGAAAGUCUUCCAGUUGAAGAAGAGCCAGUCCCAGAACCAGUCCCAGAAGAGCCCAUUGUUGAGGAGCCCAUCCCUGAGGAGCCUGCUGAACCUGUUCCUGAUGUUCCUAAGGGUCCCAAAUCCUGGGCCAUGAUUGCUGGUGCUGGUUCAACCUCUGGACCAGCCAGAGUUGUACCUGCUCCAGUUAGAGCUGUCCCUGCUCAAGCCACCCCUCCUGCACCUAAACCUACCCCAGAACCUAAAGAAGCACCAAAGAAGGAAACCACUUUCCAACCUUUCAACAAAGAAGCUGAGAGAGGUGAAGGUAGAGGUGGAAGACGCAACAACAAGUCAGAGAACAAGGGAUUUGGUAACUUUGGAAAAGAUCGGUUCCAAGAACGUGAAGCUCCCAACGCCCAUCAGAUAUUUGUUGGAAAUCUUCCUAACAACACUGCAUACGCAGAUCUGGAAGAGAAGUUCAAAAGUUAUGGAAAUGUUGUCCAUGUUCGUGUUACCCCGAACAACUUUGGAUUUGUUGUGUUUGAGAACGAGGAGCCUGUACAGGCUAUCCUUGGUGCUGUGAAGAGUGGAGAAAAAUUCUUCCUCAACGAUCAGAGGCUCAACGUGGAGGAAAAGAAAACGGCCAUGAAUUCUAACCGUGGACAGAGGAAACCCUUCAGUGAUCAAAGAAGCAAUACUCGCCGUGGUGGUGGCCGGCGUGGAGGUGCAGUUGGACGUUCAGGAUAUAAUGACCAAAAUUCAGAUUUGAAAUGAAACUUAAAAGUAGGCAAUUUUGUGCUUUUUGUGGCCAAGUUUAAGUAGCUUUGGUGUUGUCAAAAGUCGAGCUUUGAUAUUUGGUUUAUGUUUUAUAUUUAAUCUUUUCUCACCAAGUAUUUGUCUCACUAACAA